AUGAUAUCAAAGCUUGAUGCAACCUCUAAGAAGAAAACCACAGUGGGUGUGUUUGGUAAAUCGGGAGUGGGCAAGAGUUCCUUAAUAAAUACCAUAUUGGGAGAGGAAGACCUGUUGCCAUCAGGAACCAUCACUGCAUGCACUUCAGUCAUUAUUCAAGUUGAGUCCAACACAACUGACUCCAACUACACAGCAGAGAUUGACUUCAUUCCCAAAGAGGAGUGGGAAGAGGAGGUUAAAAAUCACCUAAAUGCUUUGUCACAAGCCAAAGAGAGCAAUGAAGAAAAAGAUGAAGAUACAUUGAGCACAGCUCAGGAGAAAGUACGAGCCGUUUAUGGGGAUAUUAGACGAAAUGCGACCCUGGAAGAACUGAUAGAUGAACAGAAUUUUGCAGCCAUCCCAGAAUUCCUUGUGUCAUCCAAGAAAACAGUGUCAUGCACCACUGCCUCUGAACUUUCAGAAGAGAUCAACAGUUUCACGAGGUCUGAUGAUUCCAGCCCUGGGCAGCACUUCUGGCCACUGGUUAAAACUGUCACCAUCAAGAUACCCUCUGGCAAAGGCCUUCAAAACAUUGCCUUUAUUGACCUUCCUGGCACUGGAGAUUUCAAUAAAAGCAGAGACGAAAUGUGGAAGAAGUGCUUAAGCAGAUGUUCCACGGUGUGGAUUGUCAAUGACAUGAACCGGGCUGCAUCUGACAAGGAGCCAUGGAAGAUUCUCACCAGCUGCAUCAAAGACAUGGGGCAUGGCGGAGAGUGCAACAGCAUCACUUUCAUCUGCACAAAGACGGAUGACAUAAAUUACAAGUCAUACAUGAAGAAUUGCAAGUUGAAGGAUAAAGACCUGAAUGUCACAGCAACACAGGACUCAGUGGAUUAUGGAAAACAGCUGAAACGGGCCUGUAUACUACACCGGAAUGAAGAAGCCAAGAAAAAAGUCAGGACAAUGUUUUCCGACCAAACUGAGAUACAGAAUAAUUUCACAUGUGAUGAGGACUUCUUGAAGGUCUUUACAGUUAGCGCCAAGGAUUUCUUUCAGCAGAAAGAAGAUGGCUGCAUUUUGAAUAAAGAGGACACAGAAAUCCCAAAGCUUUGGAGACUACUGGAAAAACUUGACAAUGGUCAUCAUAGUACAUCAGCAAAUAAUUACAUUCAAGGAGCAUAUGGUAUUUUGUCCUUGAUCCAAGGUGCCAAGAGUAAUGUCUCUGAGACCUUGAAGGUAAAACAGAAUGCUAUGAAAGCUCUGAAACAAAAUUUGGAGGAAGAACUGUACUUCCUGAAGGCAUUCCUCAUACGACAGUCCACUCAUCUGCAGUUAUGCCUUUCUGAGGGGGUAAACGAAUCAGAGAACCUUUCCCUGGAAACCGCUGAUAAAGACGUCAUUCAAAACAGGAAUAAAGGAUGCAAGGGGAUAUCAUAUGACAUUCAAGGCUUUGUGUGAGAACAAUGGCUUCAGGAGGAUUAAAAAUGGAACAAUUAUAGAUCUGAAUGCAUCUCUUGCUACCUACAUGUACAAACAUGUUAAUGGACAAUUUCAAAAUAUGUUCCCAGUGGAUGGCCCACUAACAGGAAAACCAGACAAAUCAAUUAGAGGGAUGCUGCACAGAUUCAACAUCAUCAACAGUGACAUCACUGAGCUUUACAGGGAAUCUCCAGUGUCACUCAACCUGACAUUCAUUAAGACUCAGCAAAACAGACUGAUCUCAAGAAUCGAGGAUAACAUUUUUCAAAGGAAGAAAAGAAUCUUCAAUUCCCUCUAUGAGUCCAUUCUCUUCCAAAUGAUCCCAGUUUACUCAGAGGCUGCAAAAAUAUAUGGAAAGCAUUCUUUUAUUGCAAGGCAGAUGUUGGUGACAGACCACAUUAAGAAUUCAAAGGCAGACAUGUUUACCAGAGCCAAAACAAACAUGAUGGAACUCUUUGAAAACCUUACAGAAUACAUUCAAGAGACUUUGAGAGAAGAGUUGGAUGACAUUGUAACACACGCCCUUACCAUUAAAGAUGGGCUGCCUCUUCCAGAUAUCAGGCGUGAGGUGAAAGAGAUGGAGUCACUUGCCUCCAGUUUUGUCGACCUUCAGCCAUGAGGAAAUGCAGACAAACAGCAAUGUUUCCUCUCAUGGGUUUUAUUUUAUAUCCUUAUUGUAAGGGUCUGUUUCCCUGUGUGUUGAUUCUUAUGUUUCUUUGUUUACCUAUUGUGCCAUGUGCUCCUAUGUUGGCUCCCACCUGACUCCAACUCCAGCUCCAGUCCUGACUCCUGUCCCGACUCUGACUCCAGCCCCGACUCCAGCUCCAGUCCCGACUACGACUCCAGUCCUGACUCCUGCUCCCAAGCUCCUGUUUGUAAAACAGCCAUAGGAAGUUGAAUUUCGGGUAGGAACAUUGCCUCCCUCCAAAAUAAAACUACUUACAAGAAUUUGGAGCUAAUUACAGGAAUUUGGAGCUCUCUUUCUACAGAUUGCGCUUCUUUAGUGCUGCUUUGAAUUUAAGAUUUAUUUUUAAAAGAGAUGCAAGUUAUGCUUUUUCUCUCAA